AUGAACCGUUCUGGAAUCGUCGUCGUCUCAUCUAUCCAUUACAUGGUCCCAUGGGUACUCCUAUUAAUUCCUCAAAUACUUGCUGCUGCAAUAAAGGAGGAAGAGAAAGCUGAUCCGUUGACAGAAGUGCACCAGGAUUUGGCUCGAAAAGCAGUCGAUGAUCUGAAUGCUCGUUCGAAUGAUUUAUAUCGAUGGGAUGUGUAUUCAAUCGAUCAAGUACAUCAACAGAUGUACAAUGGAAUUAAAUAUCAAAUGCAGUUAACGUUGGUACAAACUGAUUGCAGGAAAUCAGGCAGUCAGCUGACUCGGACCGACUGUAAACACACGGACCGACUGAAGAAGUGUACUGCUGAAGGUGUGCACCGGGCAUGGGAAAAUUAUGAGAAAAUUGAAGUGAAACAUUGUGAGGAACCGUACAGGAGGACGAAACGAAUGGUUAAACCACAACGAAUCCCUAUCGAUCGAUCAAAACUCGGACGUCAUAUCAAACCAAAGGACUAUGUGGCUUGGAACCAAUUCACGGAUUUUAUUGACAGGCAUGAAAAAACGUACAAUGGGAAACGGGACACUUUGAAACGAUUUCGAAUUUUUAAAAGGAAUUUAAAGGCGAUUCGCACAUGGCAAGAGCACGAACAAGGAACUGCUGUUUAUGGAAUAACGGAAUUCUCAGAUAUGACACCGGAAGAGUUCAAAAAGAUCUACCUCCCAUAUAUCUGGGAAGAACCGAUCUAUCCAAAUAAAAUAGCGAAUCUUAAAGCAGAAGGUAUCAACGUAAAAGACGAAUAUCCAGAAUCAUUUGAUUGGCGAACAAAAGGAGCAGUUACGGAGGUGAAAAAUCAGGGUAAUUGUGGAAGUUGUUGGGCUUUCUCGACGACAGGAAACAUAGAGGGACAGUGGUUCCUGGCUAAAAAUGAACUCAUCUCAUUAUCUGAGCAAGAAUUGGUUGACUGUGAUGUGGUUGAUCAGGGAUGUAAUGGUGGAUUACCUAGUCAGGCUUACAAGGAGAUAAUUCGAAUGGGUGGUUUAGAGCCGGAGGACGCUUAUCCAUACGAUGGGAAAGGAGAAACGUGCCAUCUCGUCCGCUCGGAAAUCGCCGUUUAUAUCAAUGAUUCCGUGGAAUUGCCGCAUGAUGAGGAGAGCAUGAAGGCAUGGUUGGUGAAGAAAGGACCGAUAUCGAUUGGAAUCAAUGCGAAUCCACUGCAAUUUUACCGUCACGGAGUUUCACAUCCAUGGAAGAUCCUAUGCGAACCAUUCAUGUUGAAUCAUGGGGUUCUCAUUGUCGGAUACGGUACGGAGAAGAAGAAACCCUACUGGAUCAUUAAGAAUUCAUGGGGUCCGAAAUGGGGCGAGAGCGGGUAUUACAGGCUUUAUCGAGGUAAAAACGUGUGCGGUGUACAGGAAAUGGCCACUUCAGCGGUGGUGAAUUGA